CUCAGUCAGCUGACCUGUCUUGUGAUAGCAGCUAGGCCGCCGGAGACACUGAAGACACUCGACUCGUCGCUGGGUGGACCGCGCUCUCUCGGAAACGUCGCAUCUCGCACACGCAUAAAAUAACUGUCCAAGAUGACGAACCAAGGCUUGCUAAAGAUAGCGAAUGAGGAACGAGAGGGCAAGUUCGGAUACGUCUAUGCUGUAUCCGGACCUGUCGUUACCGCUGAAAAAAUGGCUGGGUCGGCUAUGUAUGAGCUGGUACGAGUCGGUUAUUACGAGUUAGUAGGAGAAAUCAUCAGAUUGGAAGGAGACAUGGCUACGAUACAAGUAUACGAGGAGACAAGCGGCGUGACAGUCGGUGAUCCCGUGCUUCGCACCGGGAAACCGUUGUCGGUCGAAUUGGGCCCCGGCAUUCUCGGCAGCAUCUUUGACGGUAUUCAACGUCCGCUCAAGGACAUCAACGAGCUCACAAGCUCGAUCUACAUUCCAAAGGGUAUCAACGUGCCCGCCCUGUCGCGUACUGCCACGUGGGAAUUUAACUCGCACAAUAUCAAAAACGGCAGCCACAUCACGGGUGGUGAUCUGUACGGUGUCGUGCACGAGAAUACCUUGGUGAAGCAUUGGAUGAUUCUACCGCCCAAGUGCAAAGGCACCGUCACGUACGUCGCUCCUUCCGGCAACUACACUGUCGACGAUGUCGUGCUUGAGACGGAAUUCGACGGCGAGAGGCAAAAGUACACCAUGUUGCAGGUAUGGCCAGUCCGUCAACCCCGUCCGGUCACUGAAAAAUUGCCAGCUAAUCAUCCUCUACUCACCGGCCAACGUGUCCUGGAUUCUCUCUUCCCGUGCGUCCAAGGUGGAACCACUGCUAUUCCCGGUGCCUUCGGUUGCGGCAAGACCGUCAUCUCGCAGGCCUUGUCCAAGUAUUCCAAUUCCGACGUGAUCAUCUACGUGGGUUGCGGCGAGCGUGGUAAUGAGAUGUCCGAGGUAUUGCGCGACUUCCCUGAGCUGACCGUGGAGAUCGACGGUGUCACCGAGUCCAUCAUGAAGCGUACCGCUCUGGUAGCAAACACAUCCAACAUGCCUGUGGCCGCGCGCGAAGCCUCCAUCUACACCGGUAUCACAUUGUCCGAAUACUUCCGUGACAUGGGUUACAAUGUGUCGAUGAUGGCGGACUCGACGUCGCGUUGGGCCGAGGCUCUCCGAGAAAUUUCUGGACGGUUGGCCGAAAUGCCCGCUGAUUCCGGUUACCCCGCCUACCUCGGCGCUCGUCUGGCCAGCUUUUACGAGCGCGCCGGAAGGGUGAAGUGUUUGGGAAAUCCAGAUCGCGAGGGAUCUGUCAGUAUCGUAGGCGCCGUCUCCCCACCUGGUGGUGACUUCUCCGACCCCGUGACCAGCGCGACUCUUGGUAUCGUUCAGGUGUUCUGGGGAUUAGACAAGAAACUUGCUCAGCGCAAGCACUUCCCGUCUAUCAAUUGGCUCAUAUCAUACAGCAAAUACUUGCGCGCGUUGGACGACUUUUACGACAAGAACUUCCCGGAAUUCGUGCCGCUUAGGACGAAAGUGAAGGAGAUCCUGCAGGAGGAAGAGGAUCUGUCGGAAAUUGUACAGUUGGUAGGCAAGGCUUCCCUCGCCGAGACGGACAAAAUCACGCUCGAGGUGGCCAAGUUGCUGAAGGACGACUUCCUGCAACAGAACAGCUACUCGCCGUAUGAUCGUUUCUGUCCUUUCUACAAAACCGUGGGAAUGCUGCGGAAUAUGAUCGCGUUCUACGACAUGGCGAGACACGCGGUCGAGUCGACAGCGCAGUCGGACAAUAAAAUCACAUGGAACGUUAUCAGAGACAGCAUGGGCAACAUACUGUAUCAGUUGAGCUCCAUGAAGUUCAAGGAUCCCGUCAAAGACGGCGAGAUAAAGAUCAGAUCGGACUUCGACCAGCUGCACGAAGACAUUCAGCAGGCGUUCAGGAAUUUAGAGGACUAAAUGCCCCGCGCGUCACUUGUUAAAAACAAUUUUAAGAUAUGAUUGUUCAGCGAAACUCGGCUCUAACAUUUAAGGAUGUCCCGGUCUAAUCUGCGAAUAUACCUAAACCUAAUUUGAUCAGACAGUUAUAGCUCACCAAUAAUGUACGACCCGACGUGGAGCGCGACGUUAUCGAUCACCGUGCGCGUUAUUUGCCGAAUUUAUGUCAUUCUUGUGGCCGCCCUUGAGGUGGAAUUGUAAAUAGAAAAACCAAUCCAACAGUGGAGCCUCUGGUACCUCUUAUGUAUCAUUACCGCGAGAGAGACAGAUACUACACGGAGCGAGGUCACGCGUGCGUGACGAUUGAGACAAUAAAGCGGGACAUUCUUAAAGGCACGCUCCGCGUCCUCGAGAGCCGGCGCCCACGCUCGGCCCGAAAGGAGAGCCACCUGUAAUUAUAGUCGGUUAUACGAAAGAAAGUAACUUUUUCCCCAAUUGCAGAGAUAUACUUUCGUCCGUUCGUUCUUUCCGCUUUGUUGAAGAGAAUCGCAAAUGUAUUAGCUGGGAAAUUAACACAUUCCCGAUGUUCUCUGUAUAUGUGUAAUAUAAACGAAAGUAUAAGAGAACGCUUCUCUCCGUCUCAUCCCGCCCCGCAGAUCAAUAUAUAUAUAUAUAUAUAUAUACUGAAUAAAUCUAAUAACAUGGUUAUUAGAUGGUUAUUAUAUAUAUAUUGCGCACAACCGCGAUAAUCACGCGCUACAGUAUCGCCGGAUGACCUGGCAGCAUCUUGCUCGUAAGAGGUCGAGUAUUAAACACACUGUAACAUACUAUUUAAAAACGAUAGAUGAUAAUGGCAACCGUUACAUAUACGAGAAUGAGCAUAUUAUUAUAUUACUAUUAUUAUUAUUUUAACGACGAGACAUUACGGGCAUGAUUCAAGAGUUUAGCGAAAAGAUACCUUUAGACACAUCUGUGCGACGGAUCGAAGCGCAGGAGGGUCUUCAGUAUCGCGAAGAUAGUGAAGAGAAGAGGGGAAAAGAAAAAUUAAUGUGCAUGAUGACCAGUGUUCCAUUGACUUCGACAUCAUUUCCAUUGUAUGAUAUGUAAAAAAAAAAAAAGGAAAGAAACAAUAAAAAUUAUGCACAAGA